CUACCCUCGAACAAUCAGCCAUAAGUCAAACCAUGGCUCGUUGAUCUGUCGUUUCUCGCUGUUCAGGGACUGUCAGACCACUAUUUUUCCCCUUUCUGGUAAAAGAUGAUCGAUUUGUAAUGGUCAGGUCGAAGGGAAAUGUCUGAAAGGUCGGAACUGCGUACAUACAUGGAGCUCAGGUCAAUGUCGAGACGACCACCACCUUACACACACGUCGAUAGAAAGAGGUUCAUGAACUCACAGAAUGGCUCCACAAAGAGAAAACAAAAAGGUCUAAAUAAGAUGAAAUUAAAUAAAGAAGACAGCUCACCACCAGUGGUAGUUAAAGAUGAAUGUAUCAAAUUUCCAAGAUGCAAAUGCUUUGUCUACUGUAUUAGUGCACUUCUGCUAUUCUUCCUGUGUGUGAUUUGGAUUCACCUAGUGUUCCCUUACCCUAUGCAUGCUUCUUGCAUUAUAAAAUGGAAAUUUGGAGAUCCUUGCAUAUAUACUAUGCAGAAAUUUAGAUCUCAAAUACUGAAUUGGUCAUCUUGCAUGAAUUGUGGACCACAUGGUAGCAAAUGCCUAUAUACGCUGAAACAACCAAAACCAAAUGAGAAUAAUGUAAUUAGAGCCAUGCAUCUUUCUGCAAAUUUGAAAACCAUGGAAACGAUAAAAAUUGACUUUAAAGAAAUUAACAAAACUUGCCUAGCAACGGGCGAAUCCGUAUCAAACGAAUGGUUGAGGAUAUUCGAUUACAGCACGAACUAUUGUAAUUUGCAUAAUUUAGUAACUGAAAUUGGUUUUGAUAGAAGUCCAAAGUUUUUGGAACAGACAAGCAAUGCAGUCUGCACACAAUACAAUAUGGCGGUUUGUGAGUAA